AACGCCGUCGUUGUGAAACUUUGAAAUUGAAAGAGAUAACGCAUAGGUAACAACACCACCACAUCAAGAAACGAACGAGAACUUAACUAACAACAGUACCAGAGAAUACAGUUAUGGCGGCGACGGCGGAUUCCAAUGAUAUCACACCGCCUCAGGAGGAUUCUACCGACUCCGUUCCCAAUUCUUCCGACGCACUCGUUGCCGUCGCUCCUCCCGCUCCUGUCGUUUGUUUAACCCGUUUCGUCACUGAUUCCGCCGGCGGCGCUCUCAUGGGUUCUGUUUUUGGAUACGGUGCGGGAUUGGUUAAGAAGAAAGGUUUUAAAGGAUCCUUUGCAGAUGCGGGGUCUCAUGCAAAGACAUUUGCAGUUUUGUCUGGAGUUCAUAGUUUGGUUAUUUGCAUCUUGAGAAGGCUUAGAGGAAAGGAUGAUGUCAUUAAUGCUGGAGUAGCUGGAUGUUGCACAGGACUUGCUCUAAGUUUCCCGGGUGCACCACAAGCUCUUAUGCAGAGCUGCCUCACUUUUGGGGCAUUUUCUUUUGUAAUGGAAGGGCUAAACAAACAGCAACCAGCACUUGCACUUCCCAUGUCCUGGAAAACAGGGGUGCAAAACAAUGCACCACCUCCCAUGGUACUCCCCCUUCAAUUCGGUCUUCCAAAUGAAUUGAAAGACGCUUUCUCUUUUUUCUCGGAGUCUUUGAAAAAGCGCAGCAAGGGAACUUAUCCUACAUCUCAAUAAGACAUAUCAGUAUCAUGAUUUUCUUGCACCAUGUAGAUAAGAUAUGCACCCUGCUUUGCUUUUAAUUAGGUUCUUUUCAGUUUUUAUCAACAUUUUUCUUUUUGAAUGAACUUGUUGGCGACGAGAAAUUGUUGUCCAAGGAGAGAUGUGUUGUUGACAUGCUAUUGAGUUCCAAUAUAGCAUCUUGGUUGUUCUAUCAUGGUGAAUAGUUAGAAUUCGAAA